AUGACAGCAAGAGGCAUCCGCAAGAAACAGAAGGCUGUGUCUCGUUCGGCUAAAGCUGGUGUGCUGUUCCCGGUGGGUCGGAUGCAACGGUAUUUGAAGAAAGAUACACACAACUUCCGUAUCAGUGCAGGUGCGCCGGUCUACAUGGCCGCAGUCAUCGAGUAUCUAGCUGCUGAAAUCUUGGAGCUGUCUGGAAAUGCUGCUAGAGACAACAAAAAAAUUCGCAUCAUCCCUCGCCAUAUUUUACUGGCUAUUGCCAAUGAUGAAGAACUUCAUAGGCUGCUGAGACAUGUAACUAUUCCAGCUGGUGGAGUUCUACCUAAAAUCCACCCAGAAUUGUUGGGAAACAAGAAAAGAGGAGCAAAAAACCUGCAGCCAGUUCCACUCAUUCCUCCUCCUCCUCCUCAGGCCAAAAAAGCCAAGGCAUCUGGUGCAAAAGCCAAAGCAUCAAAUGCAUGUGUGGCAAACCAUUCUGUUGCUAAGAAACAGACCAAAAAGAAUGCAUUGAUUCUUGCCAAUAAAACCAGUGACACAAAAGCCAAAACAAACAAGGUCAAAGGAUCCAAAGAUACCAGACUUGCCCUUGAAAAAGUUGGCGGAAAAGACUUUACUGAAGCAAUAAAAGAUUUGUCAUCUAAAGGCACACUUGACCUUGGUGAAGCUACAAUAUGUCCAGGCCACAACUUUCCUGCCAGAUUUGUUAUUUUCUGCCAUGGCCCCUCUUGGCAAACUGCUGAUCGUGAACGUGUGCUGGAAAAGACUAUUAAAAAUUGUUUGUAUGUGGCUGACCAGAAGAACCUGAAAAGUAUAGCCUUUCCCUCAGUUGGAAGUGGACGUGGUGGUUUCCCAAAGAAUACAGCUGCACAAAUCAUUCUUCGUGCUAUCAGCAGUUAUUUCUCUACCGUGAUGUCAUCUUCAUUAAAACAAAUUUAUUUUGUUCUCUUUGACAAAGAAAGUAUUGAUGUCUAUCUGAAUGAAUUAACCAAGCUGGACUAG